UCCGCAGAGCAGGGCGUGUACGGCGGGGAGUGUCCGCUCCUCAGCAGGCAGCAUCCCUUCUACCAGCCGGUGACAUCGCUCCUUUCCGGAGAGAUGCUGCGACUCCAUCGGGCCGAGCGCAGCGGCCCACGUGGGGCGCGUCUGCCCGCUGGCACCGAGAGACAUUACACCACCUGAGAGAGAGAACGCCCUUAUAACGGACUGACGGCACUUUUUUUUCUUUUUCCGAAUUCUAUUUACUCUGUUAUGGACCAAAAUGCCUAAAGCCAAACAUUGCGAGGCGGUGCGGGUGGUGGUGCGAUGCCGGCCCAUCAGCAGGAGCGAGGAGACCGCGGACUGUGAAGACAUCCUGCAGAUUGAUGACCGACUGGGACAGAUCACCCUCAAGAAGCCGAAGGCGCCACCCGACGAGCCGAGGAAAGUGUUCACGUUUGAUUCCGUGUACGGCUGGGAUUCAAAUCAGGGCGACAUUUACGACGAUGCCGUGAGACCCCUCGUGGACUCCGUGCUCCGGGGCUUCAACGGGACCAUAUUUGCCUACGGACAGACCGGGACCGGUAAAACGCACACCAUGCAAGGGGUUUCAAACGACCCGCAGAUGAGAGGCGUCAUACCAAAUUCAUUCCAGCACAUUUUCACACACAUAUCCAGGACUCAGAAUCAGAAGUACCUGGUGAGGUCAUCGUACCUCGAGAUCUACCAGGAGGACAUCCGAGAUCUGCUGUGCAAAGAUAACCGGAAGCUGGAGCUCAAAGAACACCCUGACUGUGGGGUUUAUGUGAAGGACCUGUCCUCGGUGGUCACAAAGAACGCCGCUGAGAUUGAACAUGUGAUGAACAUAGGAUCCCAGUCCAGGUCCGUGGGGUUCACCAACAUGAACGAGCGCAGUUCUCGCUCUCACGCCAUCUUUGUCAUAACCGUGGAGUGCAGCGAGAUCGGACCAGAUGGCGAGGACCACAUCCGCGUUGGGAAGCUCAACAUGGUCGACCUGGCCGGCAGCGAGCGCCAGAGCAAGACGGGUGCGAAAGGGCAGAGACUUAAAGAAGCAGCCAAGAUCAACCUCUCGCUGUCGGCGCUGGGGAAUGUAAUAUCGGCCCUGGUGGAUGGGAAGAGCAGCCACGUCCCGUACAGGGACUCCAAGCUGACCCGCCUGCUCCAGGACUCGCUGGGGGGCAACGCCAAGACGGUCAUGAUUGCAACAGUGGGGCCCUCGCACAAGCACUUUGACGAAUCCCUGGCCACCCUGAGGUACGCCAACAGGGCCAAGAACAUAAAGAACAAGCCUCGGAUCAACGAGGAUCCCAAAGACGCCCUGCUGAGGGAGUUCCAGGAGGAGAUCGCGCGCCUGAAAGCCCAGCUGGAGGAGCGAGGGAUGCUGGCCAAAGAGCGGCGGAGGAGGAGGAAUAGCAAGAGACUGAGUAAAAGCAUAGCCGGCACGGAGGAGGAGAUGUUCAGGGAGAGGGACGAGGAGGUGUGGAAGGCCUUCGAAGAGCAACCUGAGGUCAGGCGGCACUUGAAGGAUGAAAGUGACUUCCCCAAAGCUCUGUCGUGCCAGAGGGGCGGUGAGAGGUUAAAGCACCUGAACGAAAACAGGAAAAGCUUGGUGGACAUGCAGUGGGAUCAAGAUGCUUUGGAGAAGAUCAUUGAGAAAUACAAGGCUAUGGAGAGCAAACUGUUAGUGGGAGGGAAGACCAUAAUUGAUCACACCAAUGAGCAGCAAAAAAUGCUGGAGCUGAAGAGGCAAGAAAUUGCAGAACAGAUAAGAGGAGAGCGUGAGAUCCGGCAGCAGAUGAUGUUGCAGGACGAGGAGACCUUGGAAAUGAGAGAGACUUUCUCCUCCCUGCAGCAGGAGGUGGAUCACAAGACAAGAAAGCUGAAGAGGUUGUACGCCAAACUGCAGUUGGUGAAGGCAGAGGCGAGAGACGUCAUUGACGAACACGUCAUAACCAGACAGGAGCUCGAACAGACGCAGAGCGAGCUCACCAGAGAACUCAAGUACAAAUAUCUCCUGAUUGAGAACUUCAUACCUCCAGAGGUGAAGAACAAGAUCAUGAAUAGACUGUACUUUGACAGUGAGGAGGAUCAGUGGACACUGCAGCCGGUACUUCCAUCAGAGAGUGCCCCCACUCAGGUCAAGAGAAGGCCUCUCUCUGCUGUUGGAUACAAGAGGCCAAUCAGCCAAUAUGCACAGAUGGCGGUUUCCACGGCAACUGGGGCCCCAUCCAGAUACCAGGCUGAGAACAUAAUGCUGUUGGAGUUAGACAUGUCUCCCCCGACCAUGUUCACUUUGAAACUGAACGGCGCUCACCUGGAGAGAGCCUUUUCUCCCAGGCUGAUGUGCGACCUCCUGGUAACUGGUCCCAUUAGAGAGGGCAGCGCCGCGUCGUCACGGGUCAGGAAGUCCCAAUCCUGGUACCAAGCAUCACGAGCAACAUCCAUCUCAUCAUCUUCAUCAUCCACAACUCUGACAUCACAAUCUCAUAGCUCCUCUUCUGCCUCUCAGAGACAAAGACCAUCAUCUGCUUCCUAUCUUCCACUGGAAAGUCCCAUUCAGACAAGCGCCCCUGAUAUGUGAUCUGCGUCAACUGUGUAGAGGGCUGGCCUUAGUUCAUGGUUGGGGGGCCAGGUUAUAUUUUACCUACAUUUUUCAAAUUGAUUUUGCAUCUUUUUUUUCUUGAGAAAGAAUUACUUUAGUAAGCAUGUAUUCAACUCCAAGGAAAGGAAAAAGGAAGACUGUUGCCUUAUACAAAGCACAUGGCUUACCUCUGUCUCAAUGAUUAGCACAGCACAAACUUAUUAAAACCAGUUUAUUGUUUUGAUGGUUUUAAGUUUUUAAUUCUCAAGUUGAUAAGUACCUAGUCUUUGCCAAAACAACAUAAAGUAGUAAUUGAGGGCCCCAACCACUGGGGGGCCUCCCUGGUCUUUAUCCUGUAUGCUUGAUGAAUGUUACUUGAAUUUCUUGGCAAUGUCAUUUUGAGCCAAAAGUGAAGAUGCUCCGUUGAUUAGCUGCCUUAUUUUGUCAUAGUUGUGAAGUCGUGACAAAGUGCGUUCGCUUACGCGUGAGAAUAAACACGGAUGUGAUCUUGAA